UACGAUGUGUUUAUGCUGAAUGUUUUUACACAUGUGGAUUUUUUUCUUAUCACAUUUUUGUUUUGGUUUGAUAAUGGCUAAUAAUAUCAAAGAUUUUUUGCAAAUUCUUGCUAAAUGGAUCACUCUUGUCAAAGACAAUAAUAUUACCGAUGUGAAUGCGGAAAAAUGGUAUUCAUGUAAAUUGUCUGAAAUUGAUUUACUGAAUGAAAGAAUUGAAAAAUUAAUUUCAUGUGAAAAUUUUGACAAUCAUGGUGAUCAUCUACAGCAACAGGUUCAAACUUUAUUUGAAUUUUUUGUUCAAUUAGUGGAAAAUCUGAGAAAAAAUGUUGAAACUAUAUUGUCAAAUAAUAAUGAUUCGUUAUCAACGAACACCAGUAGCACAAAUAAUUAUGAAAUUAGAAAGCUACAAGCGGUAGUCAUCAGAUUAUCAUUGAUUAUGAUACAUACUAAAACAGUGGUUGGUCUAAUGAUUGGUAAUAGUCUUAUGGACCACCAAAUGAAUGUCAAUCAUUUUUCACCUGAAACUAAAAUAUCUACACCAGCCCAAACAUUAUUGAGCACCAAUGAAGAAUCAUUGAUACGAUUAUCCUUGUGUCAUUCAUUACGUUUAUCGUUCAAAAAUAUUUUAAAGUUUUACUUAUAUAAUUCUAUUUCACCAGUAAACUUUGAGAAAAUAUUUCCAAUUUCGUUGUCCAAUGAUAUGUUCGAUUCUAUUGAACAAGAAAAACAAUCAGUCGAAAUCUUUGUUGAUGAUAAUAAUUUCAUAUCUGUCAAAAAUGAAGGGAUCAUAAAAUGGUCACUGGACCAUGAAAAUAUUGAAAAACAAUUAACCAUUAUGAAAUCAAUUUAUCUGAUUUACCUACAGCUUUUGUUGAUUCAUAACGAAAACGUACAACGAAAUUACUGUGUGAAACUAAUCAAACAAACAUUACGUAAAGAUUGUUUUGCAAUUUUGUUGGCUUUGUCCACAAUUUACCGAUUACAAUCUCCGAAAACGAAUCUCAACGAAGAACUUCAAUCAAUAAUGAAUCAGUUAGAAACUCAAUUUAUUGAAAAUCAUUUCAAUGAUCAAACAUGUCGUUCAUUAGUCAUACAUAAUCUCGUUGCAUUGUUAGCCUUAUUAUCUUCUCAACAUGGUGGCCCGGACUCUGAAACAAAAAAAUUAUCUCAAAUCAUCGUGAACAUGUUACGUAAUCAUUUAAUCAAUUCAGGUGGUUUACGAUUACUGAUCGAUACAACAUUGGAUUCGGACCGCCAAUCGGAACACGAAACUACGAUUGUUCAUCGUUUACAAGCGAUGGUUACGAUGGUUAUUACUCUUCCCGUUCGACAUAAAUUGCCAUAUCAACAAAAACUUGUGUCACAAUUAUUGUUAGAACUACUAAAACCAGAUCAUUCUGGUAAUAACCAACAUUCACCGGAAAUCUAUUAUCGAUUUGCUGCUAUGUUGCUUGAUACAUUAAAUCAAACCGAACCAUCAUUAAUUCAAAAAAUAGUAUUCGAUACGAUCAAAAAAUCAUUUCAUAGUAUCGAACAUGAAUUCACCAUCGAAGAAACAAUCAAAAUUAUUCACCGUUUGAUUUCUAAUCGAUCUUGUUUGCUAAAGUUAUCUAAUUUUUUUCCUGCAAUUUUUUAUCUGCGAUUUGAAUUUGAAAUGGCAAAAAAUCAAAUUCUUCAUAUAUCUUUGAAAGAACAAAGUGAAAAACUCAUAGUCGAAAUGUUGCGCGAAAUACCAAAAUCAGUUUAUAUGUUAGAUGAUUGUAUUUGUUCACAUCAAUCAGUGUGGCUGAAUCAUUUUUGCAUAGAAAUUGAUCAAUCAUCACAUCAAAUAAAAAUCAAUGAAAAUUCAGACAAAUGCAAAGAACCUGUUGAUUCAUUGUCUCAAACAAAUGUAUUGGCUACUUUCAUACUACGGUUAUUAGAUCAGAUGACGAUUGAUUUUCGUUUUAAUUUUUUCUACUUACUUUUGGAACAUCUAAUGGAUAAAAAUCCAUCCACAGUUGUACUAUUUUUAAUAGGACCAUUUGGUGAUCGUCUAUUUGGACAAACUAUAUCUAAACGUGAACAAGAUGAUCGUGAAGCAUUCAUUAUUUCCAGUCAACGUACCAUUCAUUUUUUAAAUAGUACAUUAGAACGUAUCGUUCAAAGAAUUAUACAAAUUCCUGAUGAACAAAAUAUUGAUGAUGAAGAUUUUCAACAAUAUAUUCAGAUAUGGAUGGAAACGUUAUCGAUUUGUUUACGUAUAUUAUCGAUUUUAAUAGAAAAAAUUGAAACAAAUUCAAAAAUUAUCAAACCAAACUCAAUAACUAUUGACGAAUCAAAUCAAUCUAUUAUGACAAUCUUGAAUGAUCUUCAUCCUUGUUACAAUUCACUUGGUAUUCUUUUGCAUAAUAGUCAAACAUUGAAAUGGCUAUCACCGGAAGAUAAUCUUUUAUCCGAAAAUUUAUAUCAUCGAUUUGAAAAACUUUAUGCAAAAAAAGAUAUUCCUGAUUAUAAUCAACAACUUGAAAAUAAUUCUGACUUAUCAAAUCCAUUACAGUUAGCUUUGAAAGAUCUUCAAAACAAUGAUUUUAUGCCCGGACAAGCUCAUGCAUUGAUCAUAAUCAAAAAAUUAGUAUUGAAUCGUCAUCCAUCGAUUCUCGUCAUGUUUGAUCAAGUGAUUUCCGAAGUAAAAAAAAUUCUCCGUGAUUCAGAAUCAUACCUUUACUUAGCAGCGAUUAGAACGUUGUCAGCAUUUGCCAUUAUUCAUACCGAUCGAAUUUUACCCAUUUUGAUUGACGAAUUAAUCUCCACAGAGACUCGUCCAUUAUCCGACCGUCUUAAAAUUGGUGAAACUAUCAUUCAAUUAACUUAUUCGAUUGGUGAUUUUGCUCAUCAUUAUUCAUCACUAUUAAUCAAUGGAAUGCUUCUGGGUGUAAAAUCAUCUGAACCUGCCAUUCGUAUUAGUUGUCUAUCAUGUUUGGGUGAAUUUUGUCGCCGAUUUCGUUACGGAUUGUCCAAAUAUAUGAUUGAAUUGAUGUCGAUGAUCGAGCAGAUAAUAACGACGGAUCCUGAAUUAGAAGUUCGUCGAGCUGCAGUUUUAUUUCUUCACCUUCUCCUAAAAGGUGUGGAUCACGAAUCAGCCAUUUUAUUACAAAAUCAUUUAAAAAACAUAAAAAAUAUCAUUCUUGAUGUUGGAAAUCGUACACUUGAUGAUAUCUUACAACGGCAUUGUUCCAAUGCAUAUGAACAAAUAUCUAGGAUUGCUGAAGAAUUAUUGCGACAAAAUGAAUAAAAUUCUGUGAUUUUGUAAAUUUUCUUUCUAACUUAAAU